CUCGCCGUUGUGAGGUGUGCACGACGCGCGAAAUUUGAAUCUUUGGCGCGCACUUCCCUACCACCACCAGAGUGGAGGUCGUCAAGCACCACAUCCCGACCUUCCCGUAGAGACCACCAGCAAUCACAUCACAUGAGUCCAAUGAAGAGACCACGAUCGUCAUGUUAUGAAGCAGAUGAUAGUCCCAUCGAGGUCGAGUGCGAGUGGGAAAUGGGCAAGUUGUCCGUGGUCCCUCCCGUGGAUAUCACAGCUGCUACGACUACGUGUCCCACGUUUUCACCGUUGGACACAGCGUCGGCGGCGCAACUGCGACAACAUCUGCAAGACCUGCGACGCGAACAAAUGGCCGUGCCCAUGCUAGGUGUAGUUACUCGGUUGAUGAUCCACCGCAUCAAUCAAUCCUUUUUCAACACCCCCGUCGAUGUCGUGCGACUGGCGUGUCCGACGUACUACGACGUGAUCAAAACGCCCAUGGAUUUGGGUACGAUCAAGCAACGAUUGGGUUCAUUGGAGUACGCGAACCCUGACGACGCCGCCAACGACAUCCGCCUCGUGUUUCAGAAUGCUAUGCUGUUCAACCCCCCGGGUCACGUGGUCCACGACGCGGCGGCGAUUUUGCUCAAGGAGUUUGAGCGCGAGUACGUAGCGUUUCUGCGGAAACAAGCCGAUCGACUGGACAAACGGAACGCGCAUUCAUGCCCCCAUUGCCAAUCACAUGUAUGUGCCCUGUGCAACGAGAAAUGCAUCAACUUUGACCCUCCGCUGGUCAUGUGUGUUGGCAAGUGUGGUCAACGCCUGCGGCGCCAUGCCGCAUAUUUUACCACUGUGGACCGGCAGUUGAAUUGGUGUGCGAAGUGCGUUCCCAAGCUCAAAGAAGUCGUGGUUGCUGGCCGCAAGAUUGGCAAACGCGAUUUGGUCAAAGCUAAGUUCCAGGACGAACUCACUGAGCCAUGGGUCCAGUGCGAUUCUUGCACGGGCUGGGUGCAUCAGAUCUGCGCGUUGUUCAAUGCGUCGUCCGUAGAAGCUGACGACGACGACACGCCGUAUACAUGCCCGAUAUGUCGUUUGAGCAAGAUGGAAGUCGCCAAAGCCCCCGAGUCGCCGAUGUCGCUACCACCGUUGUCUCCCUGCGCGGUCAGUUCAAACGAGUUGGACGUUGUGGUCGCGAAGCGAAGCAAGCACGACGAGAUGAGCACACACAGCCCAGUUGUGAAGAAGCAGCGCAAGCCGCAUUGUUACCCCAAGGGCACGGACACGUCCUCGAGCGCCACUUCCCAUUUGGGCACAUUCAUGGAGACGUGGAUCCGCGACCACAUGAUUGCAUUGGGCGAGCCCCAUGCCGCGACCUCGAUCAGCGUGAAGCUCGCCGCGUCGAUCCGCAAGACUGUGCCGAUCAAUCCCCGCGUUCAAGAGCAUAUUGUCGCGGCCGACCAUUCCACGUACCCGUCCCACGUCACGUACACGUCCAAGACGAUCUUGGUGUUCCAGAAGAUCCACGGCAUCGACGUGUGCUUGUUCUCCAUGUACGUGCAAGAAUACGGCGACAAUUGCGGCGUCUCGUCCAACGUGAAGCGAACGUACAUUGCGUACCUCGACUCGCUCGGGUACUUUCGUCCGCGUCAUGCCCGGUCGUCAGUGUACCAGCAGCUUGUGAUCGCGUACCUGGCAUUUUGCAAGCUGCGGGGGUUCACCCACGCGCACAUUUGGGCAUGUCCGACCACCCGCGGCGGCGACUUUAUUUACUGGUGCCAUCCCACGUACCAACGCAACCCCAACAAGGACCGGCUCUUGCUCUGGUACAAAGCGAUCAUUGCGUCGGCGAAACGAAGUCACGUUGCGUUUGGGCACGACACGCUGUGGUCGACCCAUUUUCAAUCGUCGUCGGCAGAAUCGUUUGCGGUGCUGCCACCAUACUUUGAAGGGGACUAUUGGGUGGCCGAAGCCGACCGCAUUGCCGGCAUGCGGCCGCGCAAAGUUCGCCGCAAAAAGACUGAACCCCAUGUUGUGGCGGUGGACCAAGUGGCCCCGCUGGUGAAAUCGGACGCAGCGAUCCGCGUCGAAGUGGCGGCGUCCGUGGCCUCGGCCAAGGACUCGUUGUUUGUGAUUUUGCUGCAACCUGCAUGUGUGCAAUGCCGAGUGCUCGUCGUCAACGCUGCCUACUGGAAGAGCGACAACGACGACAACAACAAUCCCCUCGUGUGGUGUGACAUGUGCCACAACCAGUUGGCAGCGUUGAACGACGCGAAUGGAAGGGCAUUCCAACAAGGGGGACGGCACGUGCUCGUGUCAGCAGAGCCGUGGAGCAGCAAGUUGCCGCCGCCGCCUCAUGGCAACGGAAUGCUGGAAGUCGACGACGUGGACGAGAUUUCGUGUCCGCUCGUGAACCACCGGUCGGAACUGCUCAAACAAUGCGAAGAGCAUCAUUACCAGUUUGACACGUUUCGGCGCGCCAAGUACUCGACCAUGAUGCUGUUGCACCACCUCAAAGGUGACCGAGAAGUGUAGGAAGCGCACCCAAGGUAGAUUGGAUUCGUAGGUAACGUUAGUUAGUAGUUAGUCGAGAGUGUUAAUGAAAUGCAAUCGGCCAAGGCGCGACGACGUCGUCCGCAAACGUGCUA